UUAACCAACUACGGUUACUACAAACCUAACCACGGUUAAAUCCCCCCUACUACCACGACCAGCUUCUGCUUAUAAGCAACCAAACCUUGCCGGUGUUUCUGUAUACAAAUCUCAAAAAACCUCAAACACUACCAAACCAAGGGGAAAAAAAAGAAAAAUGAUGCUUGGGGAAACUCAUCGUCCCAAUCCAACGGUUCUUGUUCCGCCGUGGCCUAACCUCGAGGAUGAUCAAACACCCGAGGUUUACUCUCCUCUCAAGUACAAUGUAGCCGACAACCACUUAAACAGUAGCGGCACCCCGUUUUACCUCCAGGAAGCGUUAGCAGCGCUACAACGUUACUUGCCAUCGAAUGAACCGGAUGUCGAGUCGGAUUCUGAGCUUUCGGGUUUGGACAACCCCGAUUCUCCGGUGGACGCUUACUCUUGUGAUCAUUUCAGGAUGUUUGAGUUCAAAGUUCGGAGAUGCGCACGUGGACGGUCACAUGACUGGACUGAGUGUCCGUACGCUCAUCCUGGUGAAAAAGCUCGUCGGAGGGAUCCGAGAAAAUAUCAUUAUUCUGGUACGGCUUGCCCUGAUUUCAGGAAAGGAAACUGUCGAAAAGGUGACUCUUGCGAGUUCGCUCAUGGGGUUUUCGAGUGCUGGCUCCACCCGGCUCGUUACCGGACCCAGCCAUGCAAAGAUGGACCGAAUUGUAGGCGUCGGGUUUGUUUCUUUGCUCAUACAGCGGACCAGCUUAGGGUUGUGAACUCUGCUGAUUCUUAUGAUGUUUCACCUUCUUGUGCUAAAACUCUGACUUUUUGGUCUUCUCCUGGUUCCGGUUCUCCUCCGGUGAGUCCGCGGGCUGAGUCUUCACCGCCUGUUUCUCCUAUGGCUCAGUCGCUGAGUCGUUCUCUGGGUUCCGCCUCUAUAAAUGAGAUGGUCGCUUCCUUGAGGAACUUGCAGCUGGGAAAGGUUAAGUCUUUACCUUCCUCUUGGCCCACUCAAGUGGGCUGUUGUUCACCUUCCGGGUUUGGGUCUCCGAGAGGGGCAGUGAUCCGACCCGGUUUCUGUAGUCUGCCUAGUACUCCCACUCGGAACUUGACCCGUCCUGGGAUUGGGUACUUGGAUUUCUGGGAUAACGGGUGUGAAGAGGAACCUGUGAUGGAAAGAGUUGAGUCUGGAAGGGAUUUACGCGCAAAGAUGUUCGAGAAAUUGAGUAAAGAGAAUUCAUUAGGUAGGGUUAACCCGGGUCAAUGUUCUGGAGGUCCGGAUGUGGAUUGGGUUUCUGACCUGGUGAAGUGAGAAAAGAAAGGUGGAUGUGAGCUAGCUCGCUCAAGUGAAUCUUUUUCAUUAAUUUCCGAUUUAUUUGAAUCUAUUUUGGGGGGUUUUGAUUUUGGGUUAUCUUCUCACUGUGAAUAGUAUCUGGAAACAGAGAAGAAAUCUGAAAAAUCUGGAAUAUAUUUCGGGUAACUGUGCUGCGCCAACCUGCAGAUUCUGUGUAAAUAUCAAAUAUUAUUUCCUACAAGUGAUGGAGGUGGAGGUGGGGGUGGUGACAGGUGAAGACUAGAAUCUCCUUUUUGGGGAAUUGUCUAUGAACUUCCGAAGAUCAGAACUCACAAAAAAAAAAAAAGAGGCUUAAGUUUUUGUAUAGGUAGCAGACAAUGGAUUAUUCCCUUUCUCUAUUUGAAUGGUUGAUUUUCUGCUUAUUAAGUAUUAAUUAUGAUUACCCAAGUUGCUGAUCUUUAUUUACCAGUAGUAAUGUUACUAUAAUUAUCAUUGUAAAAUUUCAGAGCUACCUAUGCUCUUGUGGUCCUGCAACAGAUGAAUGCAGUGUAUAUUUUGUUCAAGAUCGAUCUGAGAAUGACAGACUA